UGACUACCCUCCCCGAAAGCCUCGAGGUCCUCCAGCUGGUGGGAGCCGCACUUCCUGAAACGGCUCGGGCACCGCAGGAGCUGGAGCAGGAGCAGCAGCAACAGCGGCGGCAGAGGCAGAGGUAGCAACAGCAGCAGCUGCUGCCCGGGAAGCUCUCUCCUCCUUGGGCCACUCCAGGCCCAGGCCACGGGAGGCCCGUAGUUUAGGGUUAGAGACAUCCUGACGCCCGGCAUCCUUUGGAGUCUGGUUUAUUUCAUCUAUUCAUGCAGAUUGGCUAAGAUUUCAUCCAAGUCGACAAAGGCACUUUAAAACCUCCUAAGCAAACCUCAAAGGUAUUUUUUUGACCCAAAGCGAUUGCUCAGCCUCCCUGUGCGUCAUGGGUUGUCGGGAUGUCCACGCAGCAACAGUGCUCUCCUUCCUGUGUGGCAUUGCCUCUGUGGCAGGCCUCUUUGCUGGGACCAUGCUUCCAAACUGGAGGAAAUUGAGACUCAUCACAUUCAAUAAGAAUGAGAAGAACCUAACGGUUUACACUGGGCUCUGGGUGAAAUGCGCCCGCUAUGACCGGAGCAGCGACUGCCUGAUGUAUGAUACAAAGUGGUAUUCCUCCGUUGACCAACUGGAUCUGCGGGUUCUUCAAUUUGCCCUCCCCCUCAGCAUCCUCAUUGCCAUGUCUGCCCUCCUGCUUUGUCUGAUCGGGAUGUGUAACACGGCCUUCAGGUCCACUGUCCCCAAUAUCAAGCUGGCCAAGUGUCUGGUCAAUAGUGCGGGCUGCCACUUGGUGGCCGGGCUCCUGUUUUUCUUUGCAGGCAUGGUGAGCCUCACUCCAUCCAUCUGGGUCAUCUUCUACAACAACCACCUGAACAGGAAGUUUGAGCCUGUCUUUUCAUUCGACUAUGCGGUGUAUGUCACCAUCGCUAGCUCGGCGGGCCUGUUUAUGACUGCGCUCCUGCUGUUUCUUUGGUACUGUGCUUGCAAAACUCUGCCUUCCCCUUUCUGGCAGCCCCUGUACUCCCACACUCCCAGCAUGCAUAGCUAUUCUCAGCCCUAUUCAGCCAGAUCUCGCCUCUCUGCCAUUGAAAUUGACAUCCCAGUGGUUACACACGCCACUUAAGGGGAAAAGCGUUUGUUUUUAAGGAAAACUUUUAAACCCUUUACAAAGCAAUGUCUGCAACCUGCACACAGUUUAUCUGGUUUCUGACCAGACAAGGUUGCCAUGUUUUUAACAGUCUGACCCAGUGAAAUAACUAUUGCUAACUAAUUUUCAUAAAAUGUACAUUUUAUUUUUUAACUGAAGUCUUUCCUUUUGACUUGCUGCAUUCCUUUGAUAGUCACCCCGGGAAGUUUUCCCACUUCUACUUCCAUGUUGAUCCUAUAGCCUAUAAGUGUGUGUAGAUAUGUGUGUACAUGUAUGUGUGUGUACACAUAAACACACAUCACUAAUUCCAUGGUCUAUUGAGGCUCACGUUAAAUGACCCUUACUCCAAUUGGACUUUCUACAAAACACACAUGUGCGUGUAUGUGUGCACAAACAAAGGAAGCGAUUUUUUAUUAGUGUACUUUUCUUUCAGCCUCACAAUCUGUUCUAGAAUUAUCUGAUCUCCCUACUUGAAAAUAUGGGACCUUUUAUUACUUCUCUUCGCUCUAUAAUAAGUGUGUUCUUGUAGGAUUAGAUGUUUUGAAGAUUACAGGUCAAGAGUUCUUUUUAUCUAUGUUCCAUCUCAUUGCCACAGUUUGUUUAAAGCUAAAACUCGUUUUAAGUGAUAUCAAAUAGAAUAGUCCUAAAUUUUUUUUUAAAGAGUUGUCAGCCAUAAUAGGAAUCAGUUUCAGCUUCCCUAAUUUUGUUAAAAAUUGCUUUGAUUUGACUUAAAUUUGUACAACACAAAAUAUGAUGGUCCUACACACCCCAUUGCUAGCGAGGUUCUCUCUCCCCAUGUGACCCUCUACUCCAGAGCAUUGCUGACCAUGUGCAGGCCUGAGGACUUUGCCUUCUUUUAACAACAAGGGUCGUUGGGGGCAGGAACCCCAUUUCUUUACUGAGCUUACAUAGUCAUUGUGGGCAAGCUCUUUGACCGGGAAAAUGAGUUUUGGUAGCAUUCUACCAUCUUACUGGUCCUGGAGUGCUGCUCACCUUGGACACUGAGCAAUUAAGGAACCAGAACUCAUAGAGCAUCUGCCCGGUGCCCAAUACUGAGUGAAGCUCCCCCUGGGUUACAAGAGAAAAUGUCACUUCACUAGCUGUUUGGAGUAGUUAGACUACAUCAUCUCAGUCUGGGGUCCACAUACCUCUUGAAGGAUUCCAUGGAAAAAUUUCAGGGGGUGUGUGAACUUAGAUGAGAAAAAAAAUCCAUCUUUAUUUUUCACUAACCUUUAACUGAAAUCUAGUAUUUCCUUAAAUUGUUUAAAAAUGUAAUUCUGAGAAGGUGUCGAUAAAUUUCACCAGACUACCAAACGGGGUUCAGGACACCAAAAUGGCUAAGAUCCUCUGGUCUAAAAGGUCUCUUCCAUCUCUUUGAGUUCUUUGGUACUACCUCUGCCCUCAAAAACAUUUUAGCUGAGUUGAGUCAGGAAUAGCACAGAGAACUGAAAAAUAGCAUGGGUUCAUUGAUCACCUUGGCCAGUAGGUUUUAAUUAUCAGAUAAUGGUGAUAUGCUUACAUUUGAAGAGCACCUUAUAGGCUUUAAAGCACUUUCACAAACAUCUUAUUCGACGAAAAGUAAUGGAGCAAUAGACUUGGGAAUGUGUGAAGAGUAAUCUGCAUGCAGAGUCAGAGAACCUGGGUUUGAAUUCUGGUUCUGCUCCUCUUACUAUGUGACCUUGGGCAUGUACCAUACCUCUCUGGACCUCAGUGUCCUAAUAUGCAAAAUGAGGGGGUUGGACUUAGCAGUCUCUAAGGUCCCUUCCUAAUCUAUGAUCAUGUGCUGAGGGACAUUGCACUAGUUGUCCUAGUUAGAUAGGCUUAAAAUUCUAGUUCCCAGAAGUAACUUGGAAACCAGAUAUUGACUUAUCAGGAGCCAGAUAUGUGGGGAAAGGGUUAAAGUUAGUAGAGAAGUUGAAAUCCUUCCUUGGAAAAAUGGUGAAUCACUUAGGAGAGUGAAAAGUUUAAAAUCGAAGGCAGCUAGGUGGCGCACCGGAUAAAGCAUCAGCCCUGGAUUCAGGAGGACCUGAGUUAAAAUCCGGCCUCAGACAUUUGACACUAGCUGUGUGACCCUGGGCAAGUCACUUAACCCUCAUUGCCCUGCAAAAAAGGGAUUCUUUUAUUAGGAUACUUUUCUUCUGAAAGUAAAUCAGCCAUGCGAUCAAAGUAGAAAAAUUCAGGGAUGUUGGUUCUUUAGGAUGCUUGAAUUCAGGCUACUGAAUCAAUUGUACAGUUGAAUAAUUUAUCAAAUUACUACUGUGUUCAUAAGGAGUUUGUGGUACUACCUGAGACUGAAUUUUCAGAAAGCUAGGUACGUUGUACACAAACAAUUAUAUCUUUGUGGGGGAAAAAAAUGGGGUCUAAUUUUGGCAGGUUUUUUUUUUUUAAGAGCCCAGCUGUAUUUUGUAUAAAUAUAUAUAUAUAUAUAUAUAUAUAUA